AUGGAAAACAACUCACAGUUGCUCCCACCACCAAACAAAAUCUCAAAGAAACGUGAUCGCAGCCAAGCCAGCCUUUCCACAGAGCCUUCCCGACCAUUGAAGAAAGCAGGAGAGAUAGGGGAAAAGAACGCAGACACAAACUACGAACACUCACAACUGAGAACUGAUUCCCCGAUACCUGGCACUAUAGAGGAUAUAAGUGAGGAUGUUGAUAAACAACUUGAACCGUUCAAAAUACAUGCUACCGAGACAGCUGAGGUAUACCCGAUAAACACCGAACAGCUGAUCUCAUUUCUGACCAGAGAAUAUGGUUCUGACAGGGCUAUACCAAUAGCUUUAAGCUUCACCCAGGAUAUACCAGCUCUAUCUAAAAUGCUGGAGAAGGUUACUAAGCACAUUCAGGAGGGUAGACUGAAAAAAAGAAUAAAGCGCAUAAUUAAGAAGCUGGGCAAUCAAGAACCAGAACCUCAAACAGAGGGUCUCAGCGACCCGGAACAGAACUCAGAAGCUGGAUCAUGCAAGGCCACAUCUGCAACAGAAAAUCUGCAAUGGAUGAGCCAAACGGAUGCUGCCAUGGACAAACUUAGUCCACCAUUUGCACCUACAGAUCCUGAGAUAACUACACCAGGCCAGGAGAAUGAGUCCCGAGAGGAACACAUCGGGUAUACAGAAUUCAACAUCGCGUUGAAAUCCAGAAAAACGAAAAGCUCACCGGGAGUUGAUGGUAUAGACUAUGUCAUACUGAAAAAAAUACCAAUCAAGUACCAAUUAAUUCUCCUGGAUCUAUAUAACGAAAUGUUCAGCUUAGGGGCAUAUCCAAAAGCAUGGAAUAAUCAAUUCGUACUGUUCAUACCCAAGGAAAACGGAAAAGGAGUCAGACCUAUCACCCUGUCCUCAUGCAUAUGCAAACUAUUCGAGACAAUAACCAAGAACAGACUUGACUGGUGGGUCGAACAGCAGAAUCACUUGGGCAAUACACAGACUGCAUUCCGCAAAGGAUCGUCAUGUAUGAACAACCUGGCAAACCUGUCACUCUCAGUGUCCCAGGCUCUGUCAACUCAGAAACACACAAUUGCGGUGUUCCUAGAUGUCCAAGGGGCAUUUGAUAAUGUGAACUCUGACAUUCUCAUUGAGAAAAUGGCCGCAAUAAACUGUCCCUAUAGCAUACUGAAAUUCAUUCGAUUUUUAACAUACGAAAGAAAAGUCAUCACUUCGACCUCUGGAGAAAUACGGCACAUACACAAAGGGGUUCCCCAGGGGAGAGUGCUCAGCCCGCUUCUAUACUCAAUAUACGUCUCCAAGAUCACCGAGAGGGUCCCAGCAGGAGUUAAAAUAUCGCAGUUUGCGGAUGAUACGGCGGUCUACUUUAGCAGUAAGAAUCUUGAGGAAUGCAGAGCAGAGACUCAAGCCGCCAUACAGGCCAUACAACAGAACUUACUACAACUGGGACUAGAGCUAGCUCCGCAAAAGACGCACAUGCUGCAUUUCAACACCCACAAAAUGAAACCUGGCCAAACACAGAUCUACAUCAAUGACCAUAGAAUUCUCUCCACCGCAUCAUGUCGAUUCCUCGGAAUUACCAUCGACUAUAAAAUGACAUUUACCCCACAAAUAGAGAAGGUAGAAAAGAAAACACACCAAGCACUGAACAUUAUCAAAUUUCUGAGGGGAACGUGGUGGGGCUCUGAUCCUGCUACCUUGCUGAUUUUGUACAAAAACUAUGUACGGUCAUGUCUAGACUAUGGAUUGGGUAUUUACUAUCCCACCUGUCAACAUCAAGCACACAGAUUAGAAAAGAUUCAGUACCAGGCCAUAAGAGCAAUAAUGGGCUAUAGGAGGAGCACUCCCACCAAUAUAUUACUAGGGGAAAGUAAACUAACAACAGUAAAAGAACGAGCAAAAUACCUCAUAAAAAACUUUCUAAUCAAGGUGAUGAGUAACAAAGGUCUCCAAAUAUGUAGCUCAAUUGAAGAUCACACAACAGCAAGAAUCAGCAUUAAAAAAAGACAAAAUCGACUCCUACUAACAUCCAUCAAGGAGAUCGAACCGAUGAUGGAUCAGCUACAGAGAGAAGAGCGAAUCAGUCUCUACUCACAUCACUUACAAGACCUGAUGACAGAGAUACCAAUUGACACCGAAACAGGCAGGGAAAUAAAAGCUACGAGCAUAACUGAGAAAUGGGAUGAAAGUUGGAAAAACAUUCACAACAGUGCCUACUGUAUCUUCACGGAUGGGAGGAAGGUGGAAGGAGGAAAGUCUACGGGGUACGCCUGUGUCUGCCCACAAUUGAACAUAAGGCUGUCCAAAAGUAUAAAUAACAGGGCGUCAGUGUACACAGCAGAGUGCAUGGCCAUCAACGAAGCAAUGAACAUUGCUAUCCAGCAUCAAGAAAAAAAAAUUCAUAUAUUCUCGGAUUGUCUCAGUGCACUGCAAGCGCUGGAACAGGUAAACCUAAACAUGAGGACCAACGAGUACAUUCACGAAAUCCGAAAGAAAUAUAAAGAAUUCCACCUAAAUGCAGAAUCGGAUCAUUCGCUAAAAUUGCACUGGAUACCAUCUCAUGUUGGGAUCGCUGGGAAUGAAGAAGCUGACAAACUGGCAAAGGAAGCUACAGGCAGUUCAGAACCGGACAUAAUCAGAGUGCCAUACACGGACUUUGGAGAAACGUUCAAAAAAGAAGCCUACGAAGCCACAGUGGAAAUCAUCGAGACGGCAGGAAAAGACAAGGGCAAGGGGUAUUUUGCAAAUUUCUAUAAGAGAAACAAGAAACCCUGGUUCUCAAAACUCCGCAAACUCAAACGAGAGCAAAUUGUUUGGAUCAACAGAGCCAGGGCAAAUCAUGAAAAAUCUAAUGGAAAAUCUGAAGAAAUGGGUCCAAUUCCCGAUACAUAUCAACUCCAUCCUCAUCAGCCUGGACCCGAGAGUUUUGACAGCAAUGGGAGGAUACUUGAAACAAUGUGA